AUGCCACGCCUCGGCCUCCUCUUGCUGCUGCUGGGGCUGGGGGUGAGCCGCUGCCUCCUGGAGCUCCUGUCCGACGCUUUGGGCCGCCCCCCGCCCCUGACCACCCGAGGGGCCUGCACCCAGUUGCUCGAUGAAGAUGACUGGGCCCAGGCCGUCCUGAAACACGAGCACCUGCUGCAGAAGCUCCUGGAGCUGGGCCACAAAGGUGGCCACAAAGGACAGCAGGAGAGCGAGGAGGAGGAGGAGGAGGAAAAGAGCAAGGGGGCAGCGGGAGCCCCGGAGAGCCAACGGGACGCGGACCGGCUGCGGGAACUGGGAGCGGACCAGCGGGUCGAGGGGGAGAAGAUCAGAGAGCAGAAAGUCGAGGAGGAGGAGAAAGUCAGGGAGCAGAAGGUCGAGGAGGAGAGGCUGGAUCGGGACGAAGACGACCGGGUCGUGGUGGAAAAAGCCAAGGAGCUGCUCGCCGAGAUGAUGGAAGAGGUGGAGAAGAAAGAGAAAGAGGAGGAGAAAGAGGAAGAGAGGAAGGAGGAGAAAGAGGAGGAGAGGAGGGAAGAGAAAGAGGAAGAGCAGGAAGAAGAGGCCCUAAAGAAGAAGAAAACGUCUGAUGAGACGUGGGUGUCCAGCGAAUAUUUGGAUGACCUGCACAAACGAAGGCAUGGGGAUCAGGAGGCGGGAGAGACAGAGGUUUCGGAUGGGUUUCACGGGGGCUCCCGGGAUGGAGGGGAGGAGGAGGGCAAGUGGGGGGCCGGGGGAAGGCUGCGGGCGACGGCGGCCCAGAAGCGGGUGGCGGAGAAGGCCAGCGACGAGGAGACGGCUCAGUUCGGGGCAGAGGAGGAGAAGCGGGUGAGGACGGCGGGCGAAGAGAGCCGGCCGCCCGGACGGCUCUGGGAGGAGGACCGCCGCCGCCGCCGCCGCCGCCGCCUCCUCGGGGGGCCCCACCGCCAGGACACCGGGCUUCAUCACCAUCUCCACCACCCCGAGGAGGAGGAAGAAGAGGAGGAAGAGGAGGAGCCCAAGAAGAAGGAGCUGGAGGAGGAUCUGCAGCGAGCGGCCGAGAAGCUGGUAGAGCUGAGGCGGGAGGCGUGACCCCGGCCGGGCGCCCCGCCGCCUCCGCCUUUCCCUUCCUCGCCUAUCUGGCUGUGGACUGUUGCCCCAUUCCCCCCCAUCCCUCCCAUCUCCAUGGAAACCGGUCGGUGCGGGAGGGCAAAACCAGGGGUCCCACCAGGCAUCCCCCAGCCCGGGGGAGAGGCAGCGGACGUCGCUUCUCCCUGCCACCCACUCUGCCCGGUGAGGUGGGGUGGGCAGGGGCUCUGGGUUCUCCCCGGAGUCCCGGCUUUGCCCCCUCGGCCCGGGCCCCCGCCUGUGUGUGACCUGCCCCCAGACUGAAUAAAGCACAUUG